AUGUGGGUAACUGAAUUAGUGUGUAUAGUUCUAGGGUGGGUGGUCGUAGCUGUAGGGCAGUGGGUGUACAGAUGGAGGAACCCAAAAUGCGAUAAGGGCACUCUCCCUCCAGGUUCCAUGGGGCUGCCCUUCAUCGGCGAGACGUUUCAGCUCUUCAGGCGCAGCAAAUCGUUCGACGUCCCACUUUUCCUCACAUCCAGAAUCCAAAAGCACGGAAAGAUAUUCAAGACGAGCGUGGCGGGGAGAGCGGUGGUGAUGUCGGUCGACCCGGAUUUCAACCACUACAUACUCCAGCAAGAAGGCAAGCUUGUGGAGCUGUGGUACAUGGAUUCUUUGGCCGAGUUCAUCGGCCAACAGGGCCCGCUGAAGGAAGUGGCCACCGCCGGCAACCUGCACAAGAACUUCAAGAAGCUGAUUCAUGAACACAUUGGCAUCGAGAGCUUGAAGGGAGACCUAUUGGGCCUCAUGGAUCAAGUCGUGAAUUGGACUCUGGAAUCGUGGGCGGCUUCGCCCACGGGAAGCGUGGAAGUCAAAUCUGCCGUCUCCAAGAUGACGAUGGAUUUGAGCUUAAGUAUAAUGCUAGGUUACGACCCUCUAAACACCGACCCAAAUCUCAGCAAAAUGUUCACUGAAUUCAGACGAGGCCUACUCUCCUUCCCUCUCAAGCUGCCCGGCACCGUUCUUCACUCCUGCUUGCAAAAUCGAAAGAAAAUCAUGACGAUGAUUAUGAAUACAAUGAAGUCGAAACGAGAUUCAUCGUCAUCAAGUACAGCAGAAACACCAACAACGGGAGCUAAUCACGACAUGUUGGAUCGUUUCCUCGAUGACAAGAACGUACAAACCUCUGUGAACGACGGAGCCGUCGGAUACGUGGUGUUCGCUCUUCUCUUCGCCUUCGCCGAGACGAUUCCCAGCGUUUUGAUGUUGGUGAUGAAGCUGUUGCCUGAGAAUCCGCUUGUUAUGGAAGAACUUGUGAAAGAGAAUGAAGAGAUUCUUCGUACAAGGGAAAGUAAAGAGGGCGAGCUGACUUGGAAGGAAUAUAAAUCGAUGAACUUCACCAUGAAUGUUAUUAAUGAAAUACUUCGAUUAAGUGGUUCGAUAGGGCUCAUAAGAAGAGCAAUUGAUGACAUUUACGUGAACGGGUAUGUGAUUCCCAAAGGUUGGACGAUUGCCGUCAUGUCAACGGCCGUUCACCUGAAUCCGGAUACCUAUGACGAUCCUCUUUCUUUUAAUCCAUGGAGAUGGAAGGGGGCCAAUGCAAGCUCAAAAAACUUCAUGCCAUUUGGAGGAGGAAUGAGGACAUGUGUUGGAGCUGAUUACAGUAAAGUGCUCAUGGCAAUCUUUGUGCAUAACCUUGUCACCAAAUACAGGUGGAAGACCAUUAAAGGAGGAGAAGUUUAUAGAGCUCCAGCAGUGCAAUUUGGAGAUGACUAUUACGUUGAACUCUCCAACAAAGAAGCCAGCAUGGAUAUGUAG